AUGCUUCAUGCUUCAAGAAUACCCUUCAAUGCCCUCCCUUCGCUUCGCGGCGUCUCUAGAUCCCUCCGUCGCGACCUUAUUCCCUCACAAUUGACCUCGACAAUUGUCCGCAACAGCACAACAUACGCGGGGAACAACAACCAGCGAACCUUACAAUCGAAAUGGACGCGAAGAAUAUUUUGGGGGCUGCUUUUUGGUAGUCUUGGAUAUUAUACAGGAAAAUUAGGAAUCGAUUCAUUCUUUCACCCUGCCGAACCAGGUUCGAAACAGGAUGCGAAGCUGUUGGAAUACGCUCGGAAACUAGCUGAUCUCCUUCCAUACGUUCAGAAGCUGAGACUAGAUCCCAUGUACGAUGAAUGGGAUGCCUACGAAGACAUCACAGACGCAGACAAGGAGCGAAGACUCACCAGUGGUCCGUUGAAAGGUAGUCGGGGUCUUGCAUAUCAGAGAAUCUUUUGGAAUGAUGUGCAGAAGGUAUGUGUCAAUAUAGUCCGCUUUGGAGAUAGCACCGAAGGCUGGCCGAAAAUCGUUCAUGGGGGACUUUUGGCAACUGUUUUGGACGAGACACUUGGACGAGUUGCAAUACGAUCUGUACCUGCGCACACUGGAGUGACCGCCCAUCUCGACGUUACCUACUAUAGCCCCGUGGUUGGCGGGGCGUUCUAUAAUGUUAUUGCCACGCUAGAUAAGGAGCGUUCUACCGACCGAAAAUCGUACGUGACCGCGGUACUAGUGGAUCAGAAGGGAAAGAUUUGUUGUAAGGGCGAGGCUUUGUUUGUUGUGCCCAAGAACAUUCCGCUUCGUCCGUUGGUGGAACGCUUCUGA